AAGGGGAGAUGGCGGAGCUGUGCUACUUUCAAUCUUAGCGUAUCAAUAUUAGAUUCAGCUCACAGUUUGCCAAACAAGUGAUCAUUCUCAAACACUCAACGUCCAUCCAGGAAUGGCCGAGCAAAUCAGCAACGUUAGAUAUCAGGAGCUGGUGAAUGAGGAGGAGCCAGCAGCAGCUCAACCCCCUCAGGAGGAGCCAGCAGCUGUCCUGGAUGCCCCUCCCCCUUACAGCAGCAUCUCAGCUGCCAACGCAGCGUUCUUCGACUACAAGGAGGAUGCAGGCAGGUUCCCCAACCCCCCGUCCUACAACGUGGCUACCACACUGCCCUCCUAUGAUGAAGCAGAGAGGACCAAAGCAGAGACCGGCGUCCCUCUGGUCCCUGGCAGAGUCGUGGAGGAUGACUUUGACGAUGCUGACCAGCUGCGCAUAGGGAAUGAUGGCAUCUUUAUGCUCACCUUCUUCAUGGCAUUCCUGUUCAACUGGAUCGGUUUCUUCCUGUCCUUCUGUCUGACCACUUCUGCAGCCGGCCGCUACGGCGCCGUCUCUGGCUUUGGCCUGUCUCUCAUCAAAUGGGUUCUCAUAGUCCGGUUUUCCACCUACUUCCCCGGCUACUUUGAUGGUCAGUACUGGUUGUGGUGGGUGUUCCUGGCUUUGGGCUUCAUGCUGUUCGUCAGAGGGUUCGUCAACUACUCCCGGGUUCGCAAAAUGGCCGACCCUACUUACGCCACACUGCCCCGAACGAGAGUCCUGUUCAUCUACUGAAGACGGUUUUUGAAUAAACAAAACGUCCCUGAAUCUGGAUAGAGAAUCCUGGUUGUUUUGAAAAGCAUCAUACCGACAAAACAGCAGAAGUCUAAAACCAAACUACUCAGAUAAGCAUCACGACAUGGCAGGAUGGAGAAAAAAAAAAACACAAUCUUGAUGAAUACAACUCUUGUAACAUUCAGGAAUUAAAUACACCAAUUGUUUUAUUUUAUUUUGAAAAAUGUAAUUAAUGGAUAAUGAUAGUAUGUACUCAUUAGUGGCGAAUGUUAAGUGCUAUUUUACAUUUUUCAGUCUGUAAUGUAUGUGUAAUGCCUUAUAUCAUUUGAUGGUAGUGUACUAGCAUGCAUCUGCACCUCAAGGGAUCAGUCUUAUUUCACUAAUGCUUUAUUCGAAGCCCACAGGUGUAAUGCAUUACGAUGCAUUAUAAGCACUUGUCAUAAGCACUUGUACCACCUUUAUGUUCAUAGUAGUCACCAGCUCAUAGUAAUCAUGAGACGGGGGGGGGGGGAUAUUCACGUAUGGUUUUACAAUUUCUGAGUUUGUAAUAAAAACAUUGGCGUUUUAUA